CAAAGUACACAACCAGGAGAGGCAGGGCUAAGCGCUGAGCUUCACUUUUAAAGCAAGUCAACCGGCUUACCUCUUUACUUCAGUCCAUUCCACCAUGUUUGCUUCAAUCCUCCUGCUAUGUGCCUUUGUGGUCUUCAUCCUCCUUCAACUCAAAUCCCGGAGGCCCAAAAACUUUCCACCGGGACCCUCUCCCCUUCCAAUACUUGGGAACAUUUUGGAACUGAGUCUAGAUAACCCCCUGAAGGACUUUGAGAGGCUGAGGAACACCUAUGGAGAUGUGUACAGUGUGUUUCUCGGUACCAAAGCAGCUGUUGUCAUCAAUGGGAUGAAGGCCAUGAAGGAUGCUAUAGUGACCAAGGGCAUUGAUUUUGCUGGAAGACCACAAGAUCUGUUUGUCAAUGACAGCACUGAGAGAAAAGGAUUAAUUAUGGCAGAUUAUGGCCCGCGUUGGAAGGAUCACCGUCGCUUUGCUCUUAUGACUUUAAGGAACUUUGGUCUUGGGAAGAAUUCCAUGGAGGAGAGGAUUCAUGGAGAGAUUAAAUACAUUACUGAUGAUCUGGAAAAGAGCAUUGGCAAAUCCUAUAGUCCUCAGCUCAUGUUUCAUAACGCAGCCUCCAACAUCAUCUGCCAGGUCCUGUUUGGUCAGCGCUACGAGUAUGACGAUAAGUUCAUCAAAGUGAUUGUGAAGUGCUUCACCGAUAGUGCCAAGUUAGCCAAUGGACCAUGGGCUAUGCUGUAUGACUCUUUCCCAAUGAUUCGUAGCCUACCACUGCCCUUUAGACGGGCCUUUAAGAAUGUCAAGACGUGUCAGGAUCUUGCGCUUACUGUAGUGCAGGAGCACAAGAAGACCAGAGUCCCUGGACAACCACGAGACAUUGUUGACUCUUAUCUGGAUCGGCUGGAUAAAGAGAAAGGCGGUGAUGCUUCUACCUUUUCAGAAGAUCUGAUGAUUAUGUACACUCUAGAUCUUCACUUUGCAGGGACUGACACUACCUCAAACACCCUUCUUACUGGUUUCCUUUACCUAAUGACCUACCCACACAUACAAGAGCGUUGUCAGCAGGAGAUAGACGAGGUGUUGGGAGGGAAGGAUCAGGCCAGUUUUGAGGACAGACACAACAUGCCUUACGUGCAGGCUGUGAUCCAUGAAAUCCAGAGGGUAGCGAACACUGUUCCACUGAGCGUCCCCCACUGUACGAUUAAAGACACAGAGCUUAUGGGAUAUUCCAUUCCCAAGGGUACACUGAUCAUUCCUAACCUGACCUCAGUGCUUAAUGAGGAGGGACAAUGGAAAUUCCCCAAUGAAUUCAACCCUGAAAACUUCCUCAAUGACCAGGGAGAGUUUGUUAAACCAGAGGCCUUCAUGCCUUUCUCUGCAGGUCCUCGAAUGUGUUUGGGAGAGGGUCUGGCUCGUCUGGAGCUCUUCCUCAUCCUGGUGACCCUGCUGAGGAGGUUCAAUUUCAUCUGGCCUGAGGAUGCAGGAAAGCCAGACUACACUCCAGUCUAUGGCGUCACUCUGACUCCCCAACCGUAUCACAUGAAAGUCCAACUCAGGGAAACAAAUUAAAGCCGUCUUCAGAUAAACAGCAGACCAGAGGAGACCUAGAUUGAUAAAAACAGCUUUUAAAUAUUCGGAACAAAUACAAAAUCAACAAUAGAGGGCUUUUUUUGCCAACCGUAAUGGCUGUUAACAAUACAUAUAUUGAAAUAUGCCAUAAAGGCGAGUGAGCAUUAAUGUUAUAGCUGGCCUGCUGGACUUUUACAUACAUACCGUUACAUUCAAGUCCUUUCCAAACGGUUUCACAAAACGCUGUUUAAUCCUACUGCUACUGGGAAAGUAUUUCUCAGUACACCAGAUUUAUGGUGUCUGCCGUUUGUGACCACAACCCACAAUGGUGCAUGUAUUGCAAGGAGUAUCAUGAGGAGACAGGCAACAUGUUAAGCUACCUAUCAUGUGGCCUCCACUGGUAGCGGGCUGCCUGAGCCACCAAUCAAACCCAAAAAUAUUUCCUGAUUACCCUACCUUACUUAACCUCACCUUAGCAAUCAAGAAAACUCUUUAUAUUAUAUCAAAAAUGAUAAGCUUUCAACAUGCUAAUUUAAGACUACCUGUUAUCAGUUGGUGCCUAAAAAGUUGCCCAUACAAUACUUCCUUGUGGUCCUUCUAAUUAGCCCUAGGCCAUUAUCCUAAGACCUUUGCUGGAAAUUACCCGUCUCAGCAACAAAUGAUUAUCUACAGUUGCCUUUUCUCUGCCUUUAAAACUGUGGCUUGCACUGAGAGGCAAUCCCUACAUGUUGUGAAUCUGUUCCAAGGUCAACAGCCUGGGAUCCACCUCUGCUUCUGGUGACUCUCAGGGUAUGCAAUGAGUUCUCUAUUCCCCUAAUGGCUGUCUUUUCAGCCACUUGGUCUUUACUUAGGGGCUUUCCCAGCUGACAUAUGCACUGCAGUCACUAGCUGAAUGCUAGCUAUGACAGCUAUCAAUACACAUACUUAAUUAGGCCCAUCAGGUAAAGGCACAUUGUCAGUCAUUUAUUCAGCUGUAUAUCAACCAUAGUCGUUAUUAUGGGAGAUAAACUAAACAUCGGACUUAAACACAAGAGACAUCAUCUUGUUUUUUAAUUCAAAAAUGUAAACGGGUAUUUGAAAAGGGACGUUUAUACCUUAACCACAUAUUUAUAACCGAACUCAUGAUGUCUGUACCUUGGCAAUGAAGUUAUUGCUGAAACAAAAACGUACUUGUUGAGUAAUUUAGGCCUUGUAACUAAUUCACCACCUCUUACGUACGUAGGUAUGAUCUUGCUUGAAGUAAAUAUAUCGCCACUUU